UUAUUCAUUUAUGCUUAAAUAAUAACUUAAGGAGGCAAAGACAAUAUACCUACACUUUUUUGGUACUUUUAAGUUUUUAAAAAUUUUGUUAACUCUUUGUAUGAAUUAACUUGUGAUGCUAACAAAGAUUAUAUAAAAAUCUGUGGCACGGUUGUCUAGUGACACACAUCAGCUUAUUGAAUUAUUGUAAUAGACGAGUCACAGUGGCAUAACAGGAUCAGAGCACUUAGGCAUUGUGUGCUUUUAGACCUAGAGCCGUUUAGUGUAGCUUGUACUGUACUGGGUGAUGGAUUGUUUAGAUUUAGAAUGGAUUUAGUUUUAUCUCUUGACCCUCCAAAUAUGGCAAGGAUAAAUUACAAAAAGUAAAGACAUGGAAAUUAUAUAAAGAGAAAGUGUUUUCCAAAAUGUUUUCUAACAGAGUAUAUACUGCCAUUAACAUUGGCAUAGUGGUCCUAAGUUUUGUCGAGAGUUAUGUGUUCCCUCUCGCUAUUGUCAAGUGGAUGAUUGUGAUAACUAAGUAUGGUGGACUGCUUACCAUUUUGAAGGAAUACACUCAAACAUUCAAGGAUGCUGAAUCAACUACCAAAACCCAGUACAAGUACUCUUUAAAACUGAUGACCACAACAGGGACUAGAGCAAGUUGUGAAAAUGGUAAAAAGAACUUAUCACAUAUGAGUGUUGUUUGUAUAUCUGAUAAGGAUCACCAGAGGACCCAGUUAAGCUAUUGCGGUCAAGAAGAUUGUAAAAGGAUUCCAGUAGCUUUGGGAAAAAUGUAUGGUGCUAAAGUACAUUACUUAGAUCUAAGCUACAACAGUAUCGAGACGCUGCGUGACUUGGACCAGUUCUGCGGCCUGGAGGAGCUGAUCCUGGACAACAACAAGCUCGGGGACCACGCCGCCUUCCCGCCCCUGCCUCGCCUGCGCACCCUCGCGCUUAAUAACAACCAGAUAGAAGACCUGGAGGGUCUGCUGGACAAGAUCCGCGCCUCGUUCCCGGCGCUCACGUACCUGAGCCUGCUCAGCAACAAGGCCUGCCCGGACCAGCUCUCCGACCUGGACAAGGACGAGUCCGACUACCAGCGGUACAGGUACUUCGUGAUAUACAAGGUGCCGACGCUACAGUUCCUCGAUUCACGUCGCAUCACCCACCAAGAACGCAGUGAGGCGCUGAAACGCGGCGAGUUCACGAGAGUGAGACGCCCGGAGGCCGCGCCGCCCGUCUCUGUCGCUCCUACCGCCGCGGGGACCCUGCGACCGCUGCCUGUGGACUUGGCUGCGUUGGGCAAACACAAAGGGGCCUACGGUAAAUGUCAUUACAAGUACACAGGCAAGCACUCGGAGGGAAACCGGUUCAUAGUCAACAGCGAUUUGUGAUGUAUUCAUCAUCAUCUCUAUCUACUAGUCGAGAGCUAUGACUUCUAUUAGAUAUAUGCAACAAUGUAGGGGAAAGCGUAGCGAUCUGGUGUUUUAUGCGAUAGUUUCUGGUGUGCUGAAAAUAAUUUGGAUGGGACAUGAUAGUAUUGAUAAGAAACAUGUGUACCUAAAAUAGAUUUAUACAAACUUGUACAUAAUAUUUUAUAUGAGAUUUAGUUUGCAUUUAUUUUUACUAUAAUGUUACCUAGGGACAAAAUCAACAUCACUGCUAGAAU